CCUAACUGUAACGUUAUCCUGAGAUAGUCGUGACAUUCCAGGGACCCAAGUUAGGAUUGAUCCAACAAAAGAAAGGUAUCGAAGGAAUCCAUCCAGAUUUCAUUCCCCCCAUGUUUAAUGGUACAUCAACACGUGGACAAAAUCUAAAAAGUAAUCCAGAAAGGUGCGUGAGGAGGAAAGGCAGAACACAAUUCAACCAUGACAUAGCAAGCAAGAAUACUGCAGCUUCAGCCUUGCUAAUAAUGCUAAACAAGCAGAGAGAAGAACAAGUUCUAGCUGAAGAGACAGAAGAAUGUAUGCACAAUUACUGCAAAACAGCACCAUUGUCCACCCAGACCCAAACUGCCCCUGUGCUAAACAUUGCUCCAGAAGUUGGUUCUUCUGGAGAGGAGAUAAAAGAGUGCAUAACUAAUUACGAAAAAGCAUGUCUAUUGUCUACUAAAACCCAGACUGACCCUGUGCCAAACUUUGCUACAGAAGGUGAUUUUGUUGGAGAGUUAAAAACGUGCAAAAAAGCACGUCUAGUGUCUAUCAAAACCCAGACUGACCUUGUGCCAAACUUUGCUUCAGAAUGUCAGAGAUUGCUAACUGAGAAUAUGGAACUGAAAGAGCAAAUAAAGAAACAUAAAGCCAUCAUAAAGAAGUACAGAAGUUCAGUAUUUCGUGGGAAAAGCAAACCAUGCAUGUCUGAUUGUUAGUGGAACACUACCAUGCAUGAGGACUAUGCCAUAAGCAUACAUGAAGGUGGUAGUGCCAACUGAAUUAAUUUUAGAGGCAAAUUGUAAAUGCGUUAUGUAUAUAUGUACUAUAUUAUUGUAACAAUGAACUUUCUCAUUGCAAUAGGAAUAAUGUCUAAAUUGUUUACAGAUUGAAUAAGAAUUUCUGUGUAGCAAUUUA